AUGAAGUUUUCAACAGCUCCUCUUCCUAAAUCCUUGUUGGACAUGGAUGUAGCCAAUUACUGUGAGGGCCUGGACCCUACCUAUAGCACCCUGGGCUUUGAGAAUGCAGAGGUGCUUUAUUCUGGGGAAAGCAUGCCGACAGAGCCCAGUCGAGGAGAAACCGGCGUGAGCUCCAACUGCGCAAUCUGUGGUGACAAAGCCACAGGGAAACAUUACGGUGCCUCCAGCUGCGAUGGCUGCAAAGGCUUCUUCCGCAGAAGCAUCAGGAAGAGUCACGUGUACUCAUGCAGGUUCAAUCGUCAGUGUGUUGUUGAUAAAGAUAAGAGGAACCAGUGCCGGUUUUGCAGGCUUCACAAAUGUUUUCGAGCUGGAAUGAAGAAAGAAGCGGUGCAGAAUGAGCGCGAUCGUAUCAGCUCCCGUAGGAACAUGCAGGACUCACAUGACCUGCCGCCAAUCACGGCCCUCGCUCACGCUGAAUCCCUCUCACAGCAGAUCAACGUCGCCAGUCCGAUGGGCCCUGCUGAUGUUUCCGAGAAGAAAUCUGCGACUGUCGCUGAUGUCUGCGAGUCUAUGAAGCAGCAGCUGCUUGUUCUGGUGGAAUGGGCUAAAUACAUCCCGGCCUUCGGUGAACUGCCUCUUGAUGACCAGGUAAGUUUAUUGCGAGCACACGCAGGUGAGCAUCUUCUUCUCGGGGUUGCUAAGAGGUCAAUGCCAUACAAAGACAUCCUGCUACUAGGUAAUGGGUGUAUUGUCCAUCGAAACUGCCCUGAGCCGGAGAUAGGUCGGGUGGCUAACCGUGUUAUAGAUGAACUGGUGUUACCCUUUCAGGACAUCCAAAUUGACGACAACGAAUACGCAGCUCUGAAGGCUAUUGUGUUCUUCGACCCCGAUGCCAAAAGCUUAAGAGACCCUUCUAAGAUCAAGGCCAUGCGCUAUCAGGUUCAGAUGAGUUUGGAAGACUACAUUAAUGACCGGCAGUAUGACUCGCGUGGGCGAUUCGGAGAGCUUUUGCUCCUUCUUCCUACCCUGCAAAGCAUCACCUGGCAGUUGAUAGAGCAGCUUCAGUUUAUCAAGCUGUUCGGCCUAACCAAGCUAGAUAACCUGCUGCAGGAGAUGCUUCUUGGAGGUCUAACCAAUGAACAGCCUCACCUGCAUCACAACGGACACCCGCAGGGUCCAAUAAUGGGGCAGACAAUUGUCAUUAGCUCAAUACCAGUACCUGGACAUUCACAGAUGUCAUCUCCAGAGACCCCCAUUCCUUCCCCUACCCUAGUACAGAUCCAGGAGGUCUACAAGCCCCCCGGCAGCCCGGCUCUCCUGCUUCCACCACAGCCCAUGUCAAACAGACCCUCUCCUGAACCACCCCUAUGA